AACGUUGACAACACUGGCAUUAAGGCGCGUAAAUAGACACGACCAAGAUAAAAUUGUGUUUUGUUUUGAUUUCAAUUAAACAUUUUUUGUUUUGCCGUUCAGUACGGUCGUUUCGUAUAUCUCUUCACAUAAAUACCGAUUUCAACGUAAUUCGCUGAUUGAGAAUUACCAUGGGAAUUCUAGGCUUAUCGAAAUUGAUUGCAGAUAUUGCACCAUUUGCGAUCAAGGAAAAUGAAAUCAAAAAUUAUUUCGGACGUAAAAUUGCCAUUGACGCAUCGAUGUGUCUCUAUCAAUUUUUGAUUGCUGUCCGAGCCGAAGGCGCUCAAUUAACGUCUGUUGACGGCGAAACAACAUCCCACUUAAUGGGCACCUUCUACCGUACGAUUCGUCUGCUCGAAAAUGGAAUCAAACCGAUCUACGUAUUCGAUGGCAAGCCACCAGACAUGAAGGCCGGCGAAUUGACCAAACGAGCUGAACGACGUGAGGAGGCACAAAAACAAUUGGACAAAGCUACCGAGGCUGGUGAUGCGGCUGAUAUGGAAAAAUUUAACCGUCGACUGGUGCGUGUAACGAAACAACAUAACGAGGAGGCAAGACAAUUGCUUAAGUUGAUGGGAGUGCCAUACAUUGAGGCUCCGUGUGAAGCAGAAGCUCAAUGUGCAGCAAUGGUCAAAGCUGGUAAAAUCUAUGCCACGGCCACCGAAGAUAUGGAUGCUUUAACAUUCGGCACAACAACGUUGCUGAGACAUUUGACGUCGAGUGAGGCGAGAAAACUUCCGGUACAAGAGUUUUGCUACGAAAAGGUGCUGAAAGGAUUGGAAUUCAGCAGGGAACAGUUCAUCGACUUUUGCAUUCUGCUCGGCUGUGAUUAUUGUGACUCGAUCCGUGGCGUCGGACCGAAGCGAGCGUUGGAGCUCAUAACUCAGUACAAAUCAAUCGAGAAGAUCGUCGAAAACAUCGACAAAAAGAAGUACCAGAUACCGGAGGAUUGGAAUUACGAAAAGGCCCGUGAACUGUUCCUCAAUCCGGAAGUUCUUGAUCCAGAUUCGGUUGAGUUAAAAUGGACGGAUCCCGAUGAAGAUGGCCUGGUGGCAUUUCUGUGCGGCGAUCGCCAAUUCAAUGAGGAACGAGUUCGGAAUGGAGCGAAAAAAAUUAUGAAAACUCGCAGCACAUCGACACAAGGCCGACUGGACAGCUUUUUCAAAGUGAUUCCGAGUGCUACUCCUACGAAGCGAAAAUUGGAAGACGUCAAAAAGGAAUCGGCGAAGAGAGCGAAAACCAGCAGCACACCGAAACGUGGCGGUCGAAGAGGAAAGUAGGGCGCACAAAGUGAUUGAUUGACACAACUGGUUUUUAGUUUAGUUAUUGAGCUUCUGUGAACAUUUGUAACAUUGAUUCUGUGGAUGAAUAAAUGCUUAUUGAGCCAGUAGUGCUU